AUGUCAUUUUUACUUUGUCAAGUACAAAGAAGUCUUCGGCUGAAUAUAUUUACAAAUCAGCUACCUCUCCUGGCACCUGUUACUAAUAUGAUCAAUAUUGAUCAACCAUCACGUACUAAACUCGUUGGUUAUCCAGGUCGAAUGAUGUUAAGAGAUAUAAAACGACGUACACUUAUUCGAAAAUAUUGGCCUGAAAGAUUUCGACAUCAAUUAUUACGUAAAAAUAUGGUUCUUCCAGAUUCAUUUAAAAAUUAUUGUCGAGAAGAAGAAUUUUCAAGAUUUACAAAUGAAACUCAACCUUGGUGGAGAUGGAACCGAUGUGCUUUAACAUCUCGUCAAUGGGGUGUUAUUGAACAAUAUCGUCUUGGUCGUAUAAUGUGGCGUCGUUUUGCUGAUUAUAAUCAAAUGUCAGGUGUUAUGCGUUCAACAUUCGAUCGAUAUACAAGACAAAAUACUGAAAUGAUGAGUCGUAGACGGCGAAUUAUUCGCGAAGAUCCUUAG